GCCUGCCGGUGCCAGGAUUGGGGGAGCGCCCCCGCCCCCACCUCCAGAGUGGCGGCCCCACGCGGCCCCAACAAGCUGCCGUUGUCCCGCGGGCCGUGGGCCCGGCACACUGGGGCUUUGUCCAGCCCCCCGCCGCGACCAGAGGGGGGGCCCCCACAUGACCGAAAGGGUAGGAGGAGCCUGCGGCGGCGGCGGCGGCGGCGGCGGCUCCACCACCAUUUCCCUCCCAGGCUGGGGGUCGGCGGGCGGUGGCGGUGGCUGGGCAGGGCUGGGCAGGGCCGCGGACUCCAGGCCCCCCGUUCCCCGCCAGGCUGCAGGCGCCGGGCCUGGGCCGACAGAGCAGCUGUGACCCGAGCGCCUUCCGGGCGGCAAGCUGGGGGUGCGCCCGGACCGCCGCCCCCGGGAUCAUGGGCAAUGGCAUGACCAAGGUACUCCCUGGACUCUACCUCGGAAACUUCAUUGAUGCCAAAGACCUGGAUCAGCUGGGCCGGAAUAAGAUCACACACAUUAUCUCUAUCCAUGAGUCACCCCAGCCUCUGCUGCAGGAUAUCACCUACCUUCGCAUCCCGGUGGCUGAUACCCCUGAGGUACCCAUCAAAAAGCACUUCAAAGAAUGUAUCAACUUCAUCCACUGCUGCCGCCUUGAUGGGGGGAACUGCCUUGUGCACUGCUUUGCAGGUAUCUCUCGCAGCACCACGAUUGUGACCGCGUAUGUGAUGACUGUGACGGGGCUAGGCUGGCGGGACGUACUUGAAGCCAUCAAAGCCACCCGGCCCAUCGCCAACCCCAACCCAGGCUUUAGGCAACAGCUUGAAGAGUUCGGCUGGGGCAGUUCCCGGAAGCUCCGCCGGCAGCUGGAGGAGCGCUUCGGGGAGAGCCCUUUCCGCGACGAGGAGGAGCUGCGCGCGCUGCUGCCGCUGUGCAGGCGCUGCCGGCAGGGCUCGGCGACCUCGACCGCCUCCGCCGGGCCGCACGCCGCCGCCUCCGAGGGAACCCUGCAGCGCCUGGUGCCGCGCUCGCCCGGGGAAGCUCACCGGCCGCUGCCGCUGCUGGCGCGCGUCAAGCAGACUUUCUCUUGCCUCCCGCGGUGUCUGUCCCGCAAGGGCGGCAAGUGAGGAUGCAGUCCCGCCGCGACUCCCCACUUCCUCCCGACUGGCUGCCUUGGGGGGCUGUCUGCGCCUUCCACGCCCCCCCAGGACGGGCCCAGAGCCUGGGGGAGCCCCGAGGCGGCCUGAACCCUGCCUCCCGCGCCCGCCCUGCUCGUCCGGGUCGGCAGGCGGCGUCCCCCACCUGUGCGUCUCUGUGUCCGGGCCGGCCUGCUGCAGCCACCUGGUGCCUUAGUCCUUGGGCUGGGGGAGGGAGCCCACCCUUAAAGGCGGCGGGAGGCGGGGGAGGGAGACCGGCAGGUUGGACGGGCCUGGAGGAUAUUAAAGAGACACAGAAGAAGCUGCCUGUC